CACUUUCUCACUGCACAUUAACACACAAAAAGCUCCUCAAAUCAAUCUUCGCCGGAGAUACUCUAACCAGUGACGAUGAAGCGGACUACCUCAUCGAACUCGGAAGGACAGAGCUACAUCGAAUCACCACACUCUCCUCUUCGAUUUCAUUCCCCUCUCUCAGAUGCCGGAGAUCCACCGGAGAGCCGUUACGUUUCCCCCGAGGGAUCUCCUUUCAAACUCGACAACCCCAAGGCGAUUGUAACCGACGGUAAGUUCCCGCCUCUUCCGCCGCCUCCUCCUCAGUUUCCGCCGCGGCAUCAGAGGAGCGCGAGAGGAGCCCCGACGAACUCUUCGUCCGAGAAGUCUCCGUCGUCUAUGGUGGUGUUCAAUCGCUGGGUGAGGGAGGAAGGUCCACAGACCACGACGAGGAAGGUUGGAGGCGGAGAGACGACGACGACGACGGUGAACAGAGGGAGACGAGAUGAAUUGGUGAGUAUAGCGGCGCUAGGGUUUAGAGUGAGCGAAGUGAUUUUGUGCGUGAUUUCGUUUUCGAUCAUGGCGGCUGAUAAAACUAAAGGAUGGAGCGGCGAUUCUUAUGAUCGUUACAAAGAGUACAGGUAUUGUUUGGCUGUAAACGUUAUAGCAUUCGUAUACUCUGCGUUUGAAGCUUGCGACGCUGCUUGCUACAUCGCUAAACAGACUUAUAUGUUAAACUGUGGAUUUCAUGAUAUCUUCGUCUUCUCCAUGGAUCAAAUUAUUGCAUAUCUUCUGAUCUCGGCUUCUUCAUGCGCUGCUACUCGAGUUGAUGAUUGGGUAUCUAAUUGGGGAAAAGAUGACUUUACUCAAAUGGCAACCGCUUCUAUCGCUGUUUCUUUUAUAGCGUUUGUGGCGUUUGCGGUCAGCGCUUUGAUUUCUUCUUACAGGCUCUUCACUCAUGCUUCCUCUUGAUUAUAUCCCCUUCUGUGUUGCCUGAGAACAGAUAUGACUCUUUUGUCUUUGUAUAGUUGUUCUUACAGCUUAGGAACCACCAUGGUAAUGAUCUUUGCUGCUCAAUAUUACAAUAUAUUUUAAAAUAAGGCAAGCAAUCAAAUGACUGAGGUUACUUGUGAAUCAAGGCUUU